AUAACAUUACGUCAUAAAUAAUUAUGAUGGCGGCCCCAUGACAUAUUUGUUGUUUAUACGAGCUCGUGGACGAUGUUGUGGUCUCAAGGUAACUUCCCAAACCAGAACCAAAAACGAUCUGGAUUUCGCUCAUCUCGAUUCUUUUUAAAAAUCUAGAAAGUUCUAAUGGUGUUUUUGAAAUGGCUAGUAUUGUGACUCAAACCUCUGUUGAUGAAAACGAUGAAUGCUUUCUUCGGUUAUUCUUCUUAAUAAAGAAAGUUGGAACAUCUGUAUGUUACAAUAUCUUCCAUCGUUACUUUCCAAAAGACAAAAAACAACUUUACCAGAAGCUUCUUCCUUUCAAAAAGAAGUUAAAACCAUAUUUAUUUGCAAGUCAACGAGAGUUACUUUUCGGAAACCCUAACAAGGAAACAGACUCAACUCAAUUUGAUAUUACUUUACUGCUUUUACUGAUCAGAAACACCUGCAAUUGUUUACCUCCACCAAGAAAAGGUUGGAAUCGGAGACCAUCAGCAAGUGAUUUUACUGAUGGUGCAAAUCUUGAAAGACUGCGAAUAAGAAGAAAUUCACUGGCUCAUACUGGCAGUACCCCUGUAAAAUUAUCUGCUUGUAGUAAAAAGUGGAACGAAACAGCUGCGAUAUUAAUAAGCCUUGGUGCAGAUCCUAACGAGGUUUCUUAUUAUGCCACCGUACAGUUGGAUUCAAAUAAAAAAGCUGAUCUGGAAGAAGAACUCAGUAUCCUGCAUGAUAAAUUUUUUCACUACAUAGAUAUCUCCUUUACAAAAUAUUCUGACAAUGAAGACAAAAUAAACAGACUGCAAGCUGAGAUCAUGAAAUUGCAAGAAAAUCUGAAUGACAAAAGAAUUUCAUGUAGUAACGAUGAUAAUAACUUGGAGGCGUUUGGUAGACGGCUUAAACGAAAUUACAUGAAAUCAGAAAGUUUAGUGUCUUGCUUAGAGUGGGAUGUGAACAACAAAGGAUAUUUCAAGUUGGAGGACAUUUACGUACAGCCUCGUUUCCAUUGUUGGGAUCGACGACCUAACGAUAUGCCGCCUGGAUACCUUUAUGACUUGGUAAAAAAGAAAGAAGGGUUCCCGGUUAAUCUGUGUUUUAUAUCCGAUCCUGGGAAAGGAAAGUCUGUGUUAUUGCAGAAACUAACAAUGGACUAUGUUAAUGCUGAAGAACGCUUUUCUUCAAGUUUUGGUGGAUUGUCUCUUGUUUUAUUGCUUCGUUGUAAGGAGCUUUUGUCAUAUGGAUGCUUACUCGAUUAUAUUGAGGAUGUUUUACUUAAAGACACGAAUAUACAACGUUGUGGAGAAUGGAAAGGUCUUUUAGUUGAAAAUUGCGAGAGAUGUUUAUUUUUAAUCGAUGGUCUUGAUGAAAUUCGACACCACCAAAGCGAAGGGAUUGUUGCCGAGAUAAAUGCGUUGUUAGAAGGACUGAUCUACAAUGGAGCGUCAAUCAUAGCUACGUCCCGCCCUGCAGGUCUUACCACAAUCGAAAAACUGUCUUCAUUAUUUAACAGGUCGUUUAUUAUCGCUCCCUUCACAAAAGAUGACAUCCAGGAAUAUAUCCGAAAGUAUUUUGCAGAAAAAGAUGAAGAUUUUUGCCGCAAGUUGUACGACACGGUAGUGGGAAGCGCCGACAUUCUAGAACUAGCUUCGUCUCCGCUCGCGUUGAGCAUCAUUUGUAACAUUCACGAUCAUUCUGAAGUCGUCCCGCGUAGUAUGACGCAACUCUAUCACGAACUGGUGCGACAGAUGAUUCAACAAUUUAAAAACUACCAUGGGUUUGGUGACAGACAUGGGAAACGGCGCAUCUCUGAUUGUGUUUUAAAAAGUAUUGGGCACAUCGCAUUGGAAUCGAUCAAGUCUGGUAAAGAUUAUUUCGAACAACAAGAUUUAGUGUCUUACUUUGUCAAAAGAGAAAAACGCAAAGGCUUCUUUCAAAAAACGAAACAAUGGAUCGCUGGUGUUAAUUCCAAUUCUGUGCUUCAGCUGGGUUUUAUCACUGCAGACAGAGGACCUAAUCCAAGAAAAGUCAACUGGCGUUACCAAUUUGAACCAAAACAAUGUCAGAAGUAUAUCGCUGCAGAAUACAUCGUUCAAAAAUUGUUAAGACGCGGCUUGAAAGGAAUCGAAAAAUUGUUUGGGACGGAAAGCAGGGAACCCGAAUCAUCGUUGAAUUUGUUAAAAGAAAACCAUGAGCUUUGUUUAUUUAUUGUGGACAGUUUGGGCAGAAGAGGAGAGAAAUUGCUAUGCAAACAAUUAUUUAAUGAAGUGUUCAAAAAUUUUGGGGAAAUUUGAAUUGACAUUUUACAGGUCAAGUUUCAGCUUUAAAACUUGUUUUUCCCUUGUUUUUACUUAUUUUUUAUAUUUUUUUUGAAGUUUUUCUCCGUUACUUUUUAAAUCUUUUUUUUACAUCGGUUCGAAGUUACGUCUAAACUUCAAGGCAAUUUAAACUUUCAGUUUUUAUAUUAUUUAUAUAUGCUUUUA